GUGUGUGUGUGUGUGGGGGCGGGGUGUGUGCGUGUGUGUGUGUGUGUAAGAGAGAGGGCGAUUUGGAGAGGUAGAGCGGGUGGGGUUGGAAGGACCUGGAUGGGGCCGAGGUAUUCUCUCCCCGUGGAUGCUCUUCAUUGCUUUGGUCGUCCGUUCUCCCGUCCAGGCACACGGGCCCGCAGCAGCACUCAGCAGCCACGCAGCCGGGGAUGAAUCAGCCCCGACAAAGAGCCUUUUGAGAUGGCAGUGUGCGCUCGUGCCUGGAGGGAGGAACGCAUCAGGCUUUCCCAGGCAAGCGGCAGCCUGCAGUGCUCGCUGGCUUGAGAGCCAGUCUUCUCAUGUCCUCGUGUGGGCGCGUGUGUGUGCGCGCUUGAGCGGUGUCACAAGCAGUGUAUGCUCGCGUGUAUGCGCUCACUCUCGCUUUCAACCCCUUCCUGGAGGAGAGUGGCUCCCCCCUCAUCACUGGACAGCAAGGGAUUUUUUUUAACACCAGCAAGCUGCCUCCCUUGUGGACGUGAGGAUGUUUCGAAAGAAGAAAAAGAAGAGGCCCGAGAUAUCUGCGCCCAAGAAUUUUGAACACCGUGUCCACACCUCAUUCGAUGCCAAGCGAGGCUGCUUUGUUGGCCUGCCCACUCAAUGGCAAAGCCUGAUAGAGAACCUGCGCAGGCCCAGGCCCAUGGUGGACCCUUCCAGGAUUACCGAAGUGGAGCUGAGGCCCAAGAAGACCAUUGUGCGUGGGAGCAUGAUCGGUCAUGGAGACUACAUCACAGCCAUGAUCAACGACAUGAGCCGGCUGUCUGUGACCAGCUCCAAUUCUUUACGGAAGAGCAGCCCCUCAGCCAGGAAGAGGGCCCAGUCUUUGGGAAGGCUGGGAGAGGUGAACGAGGGAGAUCCCUACCAAUACGAAGGCUUGAUUCAAGAUGACGAAGAUGAAGAGGACGCUGCUCAGGAUCAUUGGAGGGACAAAGCGAGAACCAUCCACAGUGAGUCCAACACUCCCUACUUAGGCAUGAAGAAGAGCAUCACUUUGCAGCCCAAUGGGAUUUUACCAAAAGCCACAUCCACCUAUGAGGUUGGCGGCGGUUCGCUGGAGGGACCGUCUCAAGCACGCCAGAACCAGAACAUUCCAAUGCCGAGUCAUGGGAAUUACACGGGGGGUGAUGCGGGCAGCCCUCAGGAAAGAGUCUUAUGGAAGAGAGACUUUCAGCUACCCAGAGGAAUGCCACCGAAUCAAAUACCAGUUGCAUGUUUUUAUAGCCCGGCUAUGAGUCUGCAGCAGCAGCAAGAUCAGAGUGUCAUCCCAACAGAGCUCCGGCCCAGUGUACCGAUGUACAUGCAUCCCCAGAACAGCCCGGGGAGGCCUUUCUCCUCCUAUGACCUGAAAACAGAUUCAGCAGUGAGGUACCACUCUGGCUUCCUGCCCACCGGCACCAGCAGUCCUCUUGCGAGCGGCGUCAGACCUCAGCGGACUGUGCGAUCCUCAGCGAGCUACACUUUAGGGCUGUCCCCCAAUAUGGGACUAAGGCCCAAUGGACCAGACCCCUUUCUUAGGCACUCUGGAUGCCCCAAUCCUCCUUACCCCCGACAGGAUAGCCCAUCCCAACCUCGACCCUCCCCUACAGGCUCUCUUGCCACAAGUCCCCCCGGUACAUGCUCACCCGCCUUCAGACCCCCUCACCCUUCGCCCCGACCACCGCCAGACCCACCAAAGGUGACCCAUGAACAGUUCAAGGCCGCCCUGCAGAUGGUGGUGGAUAAAGGUGAUCCAAGGUCUUACCUGGAGAACUUUGUGAAGAUCGGGGAGGGUUCAACUGGAGUGGUGUGUAUUGCCACGGAGAAGCACAGUGGUCGGCAAGUGGCGGUGAAGAUGAUGGACCUGCGUAGGCAGCAGAGGAGGGAGUUGCUCUUCAACGAGGUGGUGAUCAUGAGAGACUAUCAGCACAGAAAUGUCGUGGAGAUGUAUAAAUCGGCACUUGUGGAGGAAGAACUGUGGGUGAUCAUGGAGUAUCUGCAAGGUGGAGCACUAACCAACAUUGUGGCUGAAACCCGGCUGAGUGAAGAGCAGAUUGCCACAGUGUGUGAAGCCGUUCUGCAAGCCCUGGCCUACCUCCACUCGCAGGGAGUCAUUCAUAGAGACAUCAAGAGUGACUCAAUACUACUCACAUUAGACGGAAGAGUCAAACUAUCAGACUUUGGCUUCUGUGCUCAGAUCAGUAAGGACAUCCCCAAGAGGAAGUCUCUGGUGGGGACUCCUUAUUGGAUGGCUCCAGAAGUCAUUUCCAAAUCGCCAUAUGGCACUGAGGUGGAUGUCUGGUCCAUGGGUGUCAUGGUGGUGGAGAUGGUGGAUGGAGAGCCACCGUACUUUAGUGAAACCCCCGUGGCAGCUAUGAAGAGACUGAGAGAUGAGCCAGCUCCGACCGUGCGAAAUGUCAGCCAGGUGUCCCCAGUUCUUAAGGACUUUCUGGACCGUAUGUUGACUCGGGACCCCCUGGAGCGGGCCAGUGCCACAGACCUUCUGGAGCACCCCUUCCUGCUGCAGAGCGGCUCACCUCAGUGCCUGGUCCCCCUGGUGGAGCAGUACCGCAAGCGCAUGUCCCGCUGCUGAUGACCCGCCGGUGCUCCCGGGUUCCCAACCCCUUACUUAAGUCCAACCGUGUCUCUUGUGAGGACCAAAGCGCAGCGCUUCAAUUCCUCGCCCAACCCAAACUAACGGGCCGCAUCGACGCAGAUCAAGACAGCAUGUCGCCACGUGAGCGACAACGGCGAGGAAAGGCGAGUUGGGUUGCAAGACACCGCAUGGUCUUUUGGGCAUGUCAGAAGCACUUUAGGAGUGAGUUCAAGGCAGCAUGCAAUCACUCGUCUCUUUACUCAGUCACAACAAUGAGUGGUUUCCUGUGACAUUCUGUGGGCUUCAACACACACAAGAUGGUGCAUAUCAAAUCGAUAUUACACGUAACUAUAUGUCAGAUGCUACUGCAAAAGAUCAACUCUUUAUAUUUUUAUAGCGGGCAUCAUUUACAGUGGAGUAAUGCUGUAAGAGCUGUUUUGCAACCCGUUGGAUCUUACCUCUGCACAGUCACACGGUUGUGCUCCGAGUGGGAGAAAAUAAUGACCGGAGACUCUUCGCAUGGCCAAGCGGAGGCACACCUGGCCAGAAGUGAAAGCUUGAAUAUGUACCAAACGAGGACGUGAAAGGGCAUCCUCUGUUAUUAGCAUAACAAGUGGUUAGAUGAAAGCCAUGCUGCUAUUGUGGACUCACUGGAAAAUCUCCUCUUUGACACACGUAUUCUUUAGUUGCGACAGGUGUUUUGUGGGUUGUUUGUAUGAUAUGAAGUUACAAAUAGGUUUCCAUUGCCAACUAUGGACCUAAACAUCCUGUACAUAAAAUACUGAUAGGUCCUUAUGACUGUUUAUCGACCACGGCAAAAUAUAUUCAAGUCAUUCUACUUUCUUGACAGAAAUGUGAGUGUAUAGCGAUGUGUGUGGAUACCAGUGUGCGCACGCACGUGUGUUUUGCAAACACACGGAUGUACGGGUGAGGGCUUCUCAGAGAACAAACAAGCCCAUUUGUAUUGUGAUAGACUUGGAAACGCGACUUGUGUGUUGUUCCUCAAGAUGUUUGAUUUUUCUAGUAGAAGCACACACGCUUGGCAUGUGAUGCUGCGAGACGUCCACCUGCUGAGAAACAUUUUGCACAUAACACCGGUCUUUGACUCAUGUAUUUCUAUGUGUGUGGACCAUUGAUGAAACAGAGAAUUAUGCUCGAUUUUCUUUUUCGUACAAACCCAAAUAAAUGACGCGUAUGGAAAUAUCA